AUAAAACAUUGGCCGAUUAUUAUUGUGACGAUUGUCAAACAAAUCAAUGUAAAUUGUGUGAAUCAUUAUUACAUACAACACAAUUGACUGAUAUUGUUCAAAUUGAUGAUUGUUUUAAUCAUUGGCAUCAUCGUAGACCAUUAUUAUCUUUAAGUAAUCAUUCAUUGACUAACGAAUUAUCAUCAUUAUCAUCAUCUAGUGGUGUGUUGUUACCAGAGAAUAGUAACAGCGAAGAAGAAGAAGAUAAAUCUAAUUGUUCUAAACAAAUUGAUUUAAAUAAUAUUACGCUGGCUCGUAAAAAGACUUCGUCUUCAACAACAAAAUCAGUAACCAAUAAGGUUUCAACAACAGAUUUAAUACAACAACCACCACCACCACCGAUAAUAAUUAAUAAAAAUCAGAAUAAUCUUCAUAAUAUUCAAUUAACUAAUCACGAAAAAAUUCUAUCAACAUCACCAUUAUCCGAUCCAAUUGUUGAAGACGAUUUUGAUGAAAACGACAACGAUAACGACGACAUCGUUGAACAAAGGGUUGAUAAUAUUGAGUUAAGCUCAGCAGAAACAUCAAACACGGCUUCUACAACGUUAUCAACAACAACAACAACUAAUAAUAGUAAAUCAAAAAAGAAAAAGAAACGUCAACAACAACAGCUGCAACAGCAGCAUCAACAACAACAAAAUUCAGAUAAAAAAACCAUUAUCGAUGAUGGUGAUGAUGAUGAUAUUGGUGAUGGGAGCAUUACAUCAACAUUAUUGAAUAAAAAGAAAAUUAUAACAUCGACCAUUGUAAACAAUAAUACUAACGACGCAAAUAAAAAACAUACAUCAUCAUCAUCAUCAUCGACAUCAUUAUCAUCGGAUCCGUCCUCAUCGGAUGAUAGUUCCGAAGGUUAUGUAUCAUCAACAACGAUCACAAAAAAUCGUCAUCGAAAAUCAACUAUAGCAACAAAUCAAACAUCAUUAACAACAGCACCAUCAACAACAACAACAACAACCGCAUCAAUGACGAUGACAAAUGGUGGUCGAGAUUUAAAAUCAACAACAACAACAACAUCAACAAAACAACCAUCAUCAUCAUCAUUACUAAUGCCGUUAGAUACAGAUGAUCCGUUAUUAGAUUUUGACAUCGAUAAUAAUAAUGGUGGUUCAAAUGGAAAAAAUGGCUGGUCCGAUGUUAAUCUAUCGACUACACCACCGAAAUCUACUUUUGAUUCGUCACCAAACAUAAUGGACAAUAACCAUAAUCAUCAACAUCAACAGAUUCUUUUGCCUGAUGUAGCACAAUUAUCAUUAGGAAAUUCAUCAUCAUCAUCAUCCCCACCACCAUCAUCAUCAUUAUCAUCGAAUCAAGCUGCAACGUUGAAAUUAAAUGGUUAUAAAAAGAAUCGAACAAAUUCUGAAUCAUCAUCAGCAUCAUCAUCAUCAACAAUAUCUGAUCAAAAUUUGGCUGAAUUUUCUGAUCCAAAUCAAAAUGAUGAUCAAUAUGAUGAAUCAACGUAUAAACCGGAUUGUUUUCUACUCAUUGAUGCUGAAGAAGUUUUACAAGUAAAAACUGUUGAAGAAUUUAUUGCCAAACUUGGUUGCCAAUCAAAUACAUUGGUAAAAGUGGUAUCGAUAUUUGGUAAUACUGGCGAAGGAAAAUCACAUACAUUAAAUUAUACGUUUUAUGAUUGUAAAGAAGUAUUUCGUACAAGUCCAACACAAAAUUCCUGUACGAUUGGUAUAUGGUGUUCAUUUGAUCGUCGUCGUCGUGUUUUAACUAUCGAUACUGAAGGUUUAUUAGGUCUAUCUGAUAAUAAUAAUCGUCGAACACGUUUAUUAUUAAAAGUUCUUGCCAUUAGCGAUGUUAUUAUCUAUCGUACACGUGCUGAACGUUUACAUAAUGAUUUAUUUACAUUUCUUGGUUCAGCAUCACAAGCUUAUAUUAAACAUUUUGCUAAAGAAUUACGGGCAGCAUCACAACGUUGUAAUUUACAAUGUACCCUUUCGGAUCUGGGUCCAGUUGUUAUUAUAUUCCAUGAAACUGUCCAUACUGAUGUUCUACAUCAAGAAAAUGAUCUCGCACCUGAAGAUGUUAUACGUCAACGUUUUAAUAAAAUGUCAUUAUCGACCGAAGCAUACAGUGCAUUCGAAUAUGUUGGCAUACAGACAUUGGUGCCACCGACAGAUUUUGAUCAAUUACGACGUACCGUACAUCGUCAUCUAACUAAUUCUACUGUUCGUUCGGCACGAACACCUGCCGUCAUAUUUAAUGCAUUGAAAGUUUUGAGCCAAAAAUUUUCGGGUGAAAUAUCCAAAAUAACAUUAAAUCCAUUUCCGGAUGAAUAUUUUACCUGUUCGGAACACUGCCUAUCUUGCAAGACUCGAUGUAUGCUUUCAAUGAAUCAUUCACAUGAUGGCAUACCACAUAAUAGUAAUUCCAAAUGUAAAUAUCAACAUCAAUAUUCCAAUCAAAUUUUUUAUUGUACAUCAUGUUUUGAACGUGGUGAAGAGAUUGAAGUACAAUCAAGACCAUAUGGAUCAGCCGAUUCAACAUGGGUUGGAUUAGCUAAAUAUGCAUGGGCUGGCUUUGUACUUGAAUGUCGUCUUUGUGGUAUUAUUUAUCGUUCAAGACAAUAUUGGUAUGGUAAUAAAGAACCAACCGAAUUGACUGUUGUACAUAAGGAAAUACUUCAUGUUUGGGAAGAUGAACCAUUCCCAGGUACACAAUGUGGUCAACAGAAUUCGGCACAAAAAGUUGUCGAUUCAGUUAAUUAUCUUUCGGAAACGGUAACAAAUAUUUCGGCAAAACCAUCCAAAAUGAUUGGUAGUUGGGUUGCUGAUCAAAUUAAUCCAAGUUAUUGGGUACCAAAUGCCCGGAUACAACAUUGUGGAAAAUGUGAAAAAGAAUUUGAACCAUUGGAAAAGAAACAUCAUUGCCGUCGUUGUGGUGGUGGUUUUUGUGCCGAAUGUUCUGCAAAAUAUCAACCAGUACCGGAACGUGGCUGGGGUGAUCAACCUGUACGUGUUUGUGACAUUUGUUUUGAGAAAGGACAAAGAUAUCCGGAUUCAUUGAAUGGUGAAGUAACGGCUAGAAAAAUGUCCGAAGCAUUACAAACAACAUUAGGAUCAGUACUACAGACUAUCGAUUAUUCAUUGGGUUGGAUCAAAGAUUCUGCUAGGCCAGAUUAUUGGAUACCUGAUAAAGAUAUAACUAAUUGUAAUCGAUGUCGAUUAGAAUUUAAUGAAAAAAUACCAAUACAUCAUUGUCGAGCUUGUGGUCAAGGUGUUUGUGAUGAUUGUUCACAGCAACGUAAAAUGGUACCAUCACGUGGUUGGGAUCAUCCGGUUCGUGUUUGUGAUGAAUGUGCUGCCAAAAAAACGGUUUCCAUUUGAAAAAAAAAACGAAAAUGAACGAUAAAA